GCAUUGGGGCGCUGGCUGAAGUCCACCAAGAAGGUCGUGCCUGUGGAUGCCACACCCACGGUGACGCCGCCCAAGAAGAAGAUCCCGCCCAAGACGACCCCGCCCAAAUCCGAGGAUAAGUUGUUGCUCAUGGCGAAGACCUACACGGCCGUGCCAACUCGGAAGCAGCAGCUGAAG